CAACACUACUAUAUAACAAAUAAUUUGAGCGAUGGCAGAAGAGGAGCCACCAUUGUACAAAGAUGUACCAGAGAACUCAGGAGCACCUCCGCCAACCUACCAGUCUGAUGUGGCUGCUGAGGAAGCUCGUCCUGUUAUGUCCGGUACAGAACCCCCUCCCUCCUACGACUCACUGUUUGGUAAGAUAAAAGAGGCACGAACAGAACAUGGCAACAGUUUCGGUUUCUUUAAGGCUUUGUUGGCAAUCCUAGGGGCUGCCAUUGGAGGUAUCGUAUGUGUAGCGUGUGUCGCCGCCCUGAUGGCAUUCCCUAUCGCCCAGCUGGUUAUAGGACUCCAGAACCAGGAUCAAUGUACCAUUAACAAUAAGAUCCCCCUCUUCCUGAUAGUCAGUGGGGCUUGUGGGUGUGCUGCGGCUGUUCUUCAGAUAAUGGAUCAGAUGUGUUGUAGUGAUACAGACAGCAGUGGAGAGAGAAGGAGCAAGUGUCCGUGUCUAGGUUUUAUCCUUCAUCUCUUGAAUCUCUUCUGUUUUGCUUGGUUCAUCUGCGGUAACGUGUGGGUCUACAAAAUUCACAAGACUGUCGACUACGACGACCCUGCAUCAGAAGAGUAUUGUGGGAAGCUAGUGUACUUGUUUGCGUUCUGGAGUAUUACUGCAGUGUACGUAGCACUAGGGGCCACGUGUGUCAUAGGAUGUGGCUGUGUCUGCCUUAUGGCAUGUCUUGGUUAAAGUUAAUUGACAGGGUUUUUGAAGCAGGAUUAUAAAUGAAUCAGAAGAUUGUUAAAUGUAUAUUUUAGUUGUGUUGAAAUAGUUCUGGAUUGUUAUUAGCAUUUAAACGUGACUGUUUUUCCACGUCAAAGUUAGAAAUUUUACUAAUUUACUUUUAAUUGUAAAUCCUGUGCACAUUUUCUUUUAAUUUCUUGUAAGUGCAAUUACUGCUUGAUUAUCAUUAGGAUUAACGAAUAACCUUUUUUUACACACAGAAGAUUCACACUCAUUUUAUCACGGUUUAUUGAUUGCAAAUUUACAUGAUAUCUAUGGUUUUAGGUUUCUAGAAGACGUAAAUAAAAUGUUUAUAUCUUAAACGAUGUAUCUUCUAAUACUGUUUUGAAAUAGAUUGAAAU